CUCAGCAUAGUUCCAGUUUCUGAUUUCUCCGAUUCUGCACAAAUUUCCAAAAUGGUUCUUCUUAUUUCAUUCUUAAUUGGGAUACAGAUAGUUCAUACAUUGGCUGCCUCGACGGCUCCUUCCUUUGUUUACCCGUCAUGCAAUUCUUUGGUGGUAAAGGAUGCUGCAGAAGUGGCCCUCAACAAAGUCAAUUCCAAUCGGAAACAAGGCUAUGUUCUUGGCCUCCAGCGUAUUUUUGAUGUCCAUGAACUACCCCAGAAAAAUGGUAAUUCUCUUUUCUACCUCACCUUGGACGUGUUAGAAACCGAAUGCCCUAUCCAGAGUGGGAAAAAGUGGAAAGAAUGCAAGUUUAGAAGUGAACAGGGAACAGUCUAUGGCCAAUGCAAAGCAGUAAUUCAGUACAACGGGAAGUCAAAGAGAUCGUUCGUUUACAGACAUGGCUGCGUUUUACGCCCUUUUUCUAGUUCUGUUAUUACACGUCUUUGCCCUGACUGCCCACGACCCGGAAAUCCUUCUGAAGACAAUUUUCAGAAGAUAGCAAGAAAGACCCUGGCGAAAUUCAAUGCUGAAAGUGGCCGCAAUCGUUAUUUUGGCCUUGUCAUUGUCACCAAAGGAAAGUUACAGUGGGUUGAUGGUCCUUCCUACUACGUAGAGUACACCAUCCAGGAGACUACCUGUCGCAAAAGUUCACCUAUGUCUGACAUCAAUCAAUGCCCUCUCGUCCCAACUGAAGCUGCAGAGAGAGGCCAAUGCAAAGCCUCUGUGAUUAACCAAGGGAUGCAAUCUCAGGAAAUUGUUGAAGUAAAAUGCAAUUUAUUCCCAUGUCCGAAACCCCAGGCUCCUUCCUCAUUCAGGGAAAUCGUGCAAACCAUCCCCCCUUUCCCCAAAGGGUUUUCAAGAUCAUCUAAAUGCCCAGGGGAUGUUGCAAUAGAUGUCCAAGGCCUUCAACUACCCUCCCCACCAAAGGAUAAAACUUCUUGAACAAAGAGUUCGGAAGCUUAAUUCAGAGGAAACCUCUCCCUCCCUCCCUCCCUCCCUCCUUGCAUCAGAAAUCACAAAGAACAGCAACUGCUUUUCUGCUCAAGAAAAUAUUAAAAAUAUUCAAUAAAAGA